UCUAAAUCGCAAUUCCCUGUUCUCCUUCUUUUAUUGCUCAAAUUUUUGUGACUAAAAAAUUUCUCCAAACCCUAAAAGCUAACACACAAAAGAAAAAGAUGGCAAUCCAAAUCCGAUCGUUUGUUUUCGUAAACAUGUUAUCAUUCUUGAUUACAUUUUCGCUUUUCACCGCUUCCAUGGCCGGGACUGUGGUAACUGAUGCAGACGGAGGAGAUUUCGUUCCGCCUGAAAAUUACCGUUCCUUAAACGCUAGUGAUCCGGCGGUGGUGGCAGUGGGGCAGUUUGCGGUGGAUGAAUAUAACAAGGCGUCAAAGAAAGCUGUGAAAUUUGAUAGUGUGAUUUGGGCAGCGGGACAAACAUUUGGAGGGAAUAACUAUGAAUUCGCUGUGGUUAUUAAAGGAGAGGAAGGCAAUGUGGCCUACAGAUAUUCAGCAAUUGUUUUGGACAAGAAAGAUUCUCCCAGGAAACUCCUCGGCUUUAAAAGAUCUGUUUAGGUUAUUUUAGACACGUUAUUAUGAGAUGAGAGAUAAUAUGAACUGUCAGAUACAAAUACAUGAAAUUAAUGAGUUCGUACGUAAUGUCUUUUGAAUUUUUUCGGUUUUACUUUUGAAUUGUUUUUGCUUAAAUCACAUAUACUACUCUCUCACAUAUGUCUCCAAAUUAAAACUGC